AUGUCCGCUAACACACUUAUGUUCUUGCCUGUGGACGAGUUUGCCUCGUUGAUACUUGGGUCUUUACUCAUUCUUUUGUUUGUACUCUUCCGGUAUAAAGUCUCGAGUCUACCUCCAGGGUCCUCCGGAGGUCUAUUCGGCUGUAAAGUGCCCCAGUUUCAGCCUUGGAAAACAUUCUAUGAGUGGAAUAAGCAGUAUGGACCAGUGGUGUCGUUCCGUCUUGGGACAAAGAGAGUGAUCGUACUGGGAACAGUAAAAGCCGCCACUGACUUGUUAGUGGUGCGAGGAAACAUAUACUCCGGACGACCACGAAGCAUAGUCGCGUCAAUUAUACCGCUUGCUUCAGUCCCAAUUCCAUAUUCACAAGAAACCUGCAGGCAUGAGAUUUACUCUGGUGUGAUGCGUGGAAUGUCCGAUGGACCACAGUACAGAAAAUGGAAGACGCUGAUGCAGUCGGGUCCGAGCAAUACAGCCGCACUGAACUACCAGCGUCUUCAGUCCAUUGAGUCGUUUCUUCUACUGAGAUAUCUUCUCCAGGAUGAAGACCCAUUGCAAUACAAAGACCGUCUCCGUCGGUUUGCGAUAUCAAUCGUGUGCUGCGUUGCCUAUGGUCGUCGCAUCAAGAUUUUAGACCAUGAAAUCGUCGUUAAUAACGUGAAAACUGGUAUCUAUUUCGGCAAGAUAAGUGUCCCUGGCAAAUUCCUAGUAGAUUUGUGGCCGGUCCUCCUAUAUCUUCCUAAAUUCCUGCAAUGGUUUCGAUGGGUACCCGAAAGACGUCGUGCUGUGGAUACAAAAAUGUACCUCUCACUUCUGGACGAUCUUAAACAUCAGAUGCAAGUUGGUACUGCUCAUACGUCUGUGGAUACACACGGUUUAGAGAAACAGGAACAAUUCGGGCUUACAGACGUAGAAACAGCAUAUGCGCUCUCUGCGCCAUGGGCCGCUGGAACAGGGACGACGAUGGCUACCAUUGAAGUAUUUCUGUGUGCGGAACAUCCCUACGAGUUCAUGACCGUAUCAACUAAAGAUGAAACUCGCUCUACAGUGGCGAUGCAACUUUAUCCAGCCGCAAUGAAAAAACCUCAAGCAGAAAUAGAUUCAGUUAUCGGAUCAGGACGAAUGCCUGACUUCAAGGAUUUCGAUGCACUCCCAUAUGUCCAGGCGGUAAUUAAGGAAUUAAUGAGGCAUGUCUUCCUCGUCUUCUUUUCUACGCGUUAUGACGAGACAAAGGUGGCGCUGCAUCGCACCUAUCGCCGUCCCACGCGCUGUGAUAGACGACAAUGUGUAUGA